CGCGCGCAAAACUGGCCACCGAAGGAUAGGGAUUGCAGAUGAUUAUUCUCUCAACAGCCGCCAUCAACAACAAAAGGCAUACCAUAUGAGCUUUGAAUUAGUUCGAUUGCGACUCUUUUUACGUUGCCUCUUUUAGCCUUGUUUUCUAUGUCUCUUAUUGCUUAGGAGACUUUGCAGGCAAUAUUGCGGCUCAUACUUUACCCUACCGCGCAACUCUCUAGCAUUUAUUACUUCCUAACUGCGGCUUCCGUGAAAUGGAGAGAGGCCGCAUAAUCUCCGAAAAUACAAUUGGAAAUGGAAACCUUUUCAUUCAGGGCAAUGUAAACGUUAAUAGCUACGCAGAAGCCUCGCAGAGGCAAGGGGAGAACGACAUUCUAAAACGUCUCUAUAAAUCGCCAUAUAAAGAUCGAAAAGACAGAAAUCCGCCACGAGUGCUGGGUACGUGUGACUGGUUUGUGUCGCAUGAGCACUUUCGAACUUGGAAUGAGAGCAACUCGUCAACCAUGCUCUGGGUAUCUGCGGAUCCAGGGUGCGGAAAGUCAGUGUUAGUAAGACACUUAAUCGACUCUGUUGUUCAGAAUACGGAGUAUAGAACUGUCUGCUACUUCUUCUUCAAAGAUGACUUUCCGGACCAAAAGAAUAUAACAAGCGCUCUCAGCUGCAUACUUCGCCAGAUAUUCAUUCAAAAACCCUCUUUGCUAUCCGACAAGAUCCUGAAAAACGAGCUUUGGAAAAUCCUGAUGCAGGUAGUAGAAGAUGAGAAUGCAGGCGAAAUCAUCUGUCUUCUCGAUGCGAUUGACGAAUGCGAGGAUCAGAGUGGCCAGGGAAGAUCCGAACUUCUUAAGGCGUUGUGUACGCUAUACGGAGCCGAAACUAGAAAGAGUUCAAAUCUAAAGUUCCUCCUCACUAGCCGGCCAUAUGUUGAGAUUCAUCGCAGCCUUCAGCCGCUACAGAUUCCAGGGCUGCCGGUGAUCCACUUGAGUGGUGAAAGCGAAGAUGAAAUAGAGAAAAUUUCCCGAGAAAUUAACAUUUACAUUAAUGCCAGAGUCCAAGAUAUAGGGAAACGGCUGCGGCUUACCCAAAGCGAAUGUGAUCUGCUUCUACAAAAGCUUAUGCAUGUUCCUAAUAGGACUUACUUAUGGGUAUAUCUGGUCUUGGAUUUCAUUGAGAAUAGCAUCAAUGUUAACGACAUGAUGAUAAUCGAGGCUACUUCAAAUAUCCCUACGACAGUUGACGAAGCAUAUGAAAGAAUACUUUCCAAGAGUUUUAAUACUGGACAAGCCAGGAAGGCAUUGCAUAUUAUUGUCGCAGCGGCACGACCUUUAAGUCUCAGGGAGAUGAAUUUUGCACUAGCCUUAGCUGACGGCCACCAAUUAUCCUAUGAUGAUCUUGAUCCGCUAUAUGAUGAUCGUUUUCGCGAAACUCUACGAAAUAUCUGUGGUCUUUGUGUCGUGAUUGUUGACUCAAAGAUCUAUCUACUUCAUCAAACUGUGAAGGAGUUCCUUGUUAAAAAGGAUACUGUACCAGCCAUCGGAAGUGAUUGUGGAGGUCACGAAUGGAAACAUUCAUUAGAACCACAUGAAUCUCAUCGUAUUCUUGCCGAAAUAUGCAUCUGGCACCUUGUCGCUGGAUUGAAGAUGGUAUCUGGCUCACCAACCCAAAAUAAUUGGCGUGGAAUCUUUCUCGACUACUCUGCGAAAUAUUGGACAUCACACCUCCACCAGACCACCAUUGAAACACAGUCCAUGAUGACUAAAUCUAUACUAACAAUCUGUGACGUUAAUUCGAGCUGUUGCAAGGCGUGGUUCAGCAUGUAUUGGACCACGACAAAUACAGAGUUUCCUAAAGGGUUUACUACCCUUAUGAUGGCAUCAUAUUUCGGACUGAAUUUUGCAGUUGUUAGCUUGCUUACCAUGGCUGAUAUCGACCUAGAUACUCGGGAUCAUACAUAUCAGCGGCCAGCAUUAACUUGGGCUGCAAGAAAUGGCUUCCAUUUGGUUUCUAAGCUCCUCCUCAGCGGUAUCCACCAUAAGCUAUGGACUUUCAAACUGCCGGUCAAGAAGAGACCAAAAGUCGACUUACAAGACAUAUACGGCCGAGCCCCAUUGACGUAUGCCGUUUGGAGUGGGGAUGUCACUCUCGUCCAAUUGCUAAUCAAGGCGGGGGCGCGAGCGCACUUGAGAGAUGAGGUCGACGGAACGCCAUUAGCCUACGCUUUCUGUAACGGAAAUGUUCACAUAAUUGAUCUCCUUGCCAAGAAACAACGUGCAAUCGAUGUUGAGGGUGAUAUUAACCGACUACUGCUUUCUGCUGCCGAAAAGGGGCAUGAGGAAGUGGUGGCUCUACUACUCAAGACGAAUAGAGCCAAUAUUGAGGCACGAACUGAGGCACGAACUCAAUAUCUCCACAUUUGGGAUAAGGGCGAAACAGCUUUAAUGGUUGCCUCCCGGGGUGGCCACGAGGUAACAGUGAAGUUGCUGCUUGAGGCAGGAGCAGAUAUAAAUGCUAAAAAUUCUUACGGCAAUACAGCUUUAAUAUAUGCC